AUGACUAUCGAAAUGGUUCGCGCAGAGUAUGAAGUGGCCAUUAAGGGAGGGAGCCAGCUGCAGCAGCAGCAGCAGAGGAAGAAGACGAAGAAGGAGCCUACCCGAAAGAGCGGCGGCGUCAAGCCACAGACCGUACAAACCCAAGCCCCAUGGCAAGCAGGCAACGAGGAUUUCGCCACGUUUAAAGCAGAGAUUCAGCAAAUGAUGCAGCAGAUGAUGCAGCAACAGCAGCAACAAAUGCAGCAAGUGCAAUUACAAGUCACAGAGCUCCGAAGCAGCAUCCGCAAGCAGAAGUUUACCGAGAACAUUAGAGAGAAGGCCUACCACCGCCCCGCGCUGGCAUCCCUCGCCGACACAUCCGCAAACAACACCGAGGCUUAA